CCGAGGCUGUGCGGGUGAGCUGGGCCCAGACCGGGCCUCCAAUACCAUAGAGAAGAGGAAGGAGGAGGAGGUGUGGAAUGAGAAGAGGCCUACAGACACCAUGGACUCGGACCUCAGCCCACAAGACCGGAAGGACUUGGACAAGUUUGUCAAAUUUUUUGCCUUGAAGACUGUCCAGGUGAUUGUCCAGGCUCGACUUGGGGACAAGAUAUGUACCCGUUCUUCCUCCUCUCCAACUGGUUCAGAUUGGUUUAACUUGGCAAUCAAAGACAUCCCUGAGGUUACCCAGGAAGCCAAGAAAGCCCUAUCUGGUCAGCUGCCUGCAGUUGGACGCUCCAUGUGUGUCGAAAUUUCUUUAAAGACCUCAGAGGGUGAUUCCAUGGAACUUGAAGUGUGGUGUCUGGAAAUGAAUGAAAAAUGUGACCGGGAAAUAAAGGUUUCCUAUACUGUGUAUAACCGGCUGUCGCUGCUACUGAAAUCCUUGCUGGCAGUCACCAGGGUAACGCCGGCCUACAGGCUGUCCAGGAAGCAGGGGCAUGAAUAUGUCAUUCUCUACAGGAUAUAUUUUGGAGAUGUUCAGCUUUUGGGUCUUAAAGAAGGUUUCCAGGCGGUGCGAGUUGGAACAGUGGGGACUCCUAUAGGGACGCUUACCCUGACCUGUGCCUACAGAACUAAUCUGGCUUUCAUGUCUACUCGGCAGUUUGAGAGGACUCAGCCCAUCAUGGGGAUUAUUAUUGAUCACUUUGUUGACCGACCUUUCCCCAGCACCUCACACAUGCAUCCCUGCAACUACAGGGUGUCUGAGGAGCAGGGCACCGUAUACCCGUCUGUGGAGGAUUCCCAGGAUGUCUGCGCCACGUCCUUUUCUACUUCUCCGCCAUCGCAGUGUGUGUUUACUUUCAGCAAGGCACGGGGUCAGACAGCUAAUACUGUGGUGACAGAUUCUCACAGGGUCCCGACAAUGGCACUGGCCGCCUCACACCAACUGUACAGUUCUCGCCUUUCCUAUCAGCCGACUGUCCUUGGAGCUGGAUCCUCUGAGCCGUGCUACCCAGUGGCCUUGGCUGCUGGAGGGAGCGCUACCCUUCCACACCAGAUGAUGGUACCAGGAAAAGAGGGUGGCUUACCCAACAUCACUGCCCAGCCUGCACAUGGUACUCAAGCUGAACGUGAUCGGGUUCUCCUGACCUCACCACCUAAUGUAACGGGCACCACUUCCAGCAGCGAAGAAGCAGACACCCCAUCAGGAAGCAACACUGCUGGACGAAGCGGCUCACCAAACAAGACCCCUCACAUCCUCUUCACCCGCAAAGUAGGGGCCUUUGUGGACAAGUCCUCCCCGCAGGUCACCUAUGCCAGCACCGAUAUUCCUUUUGCUGUGUUUGCACCCAAGCUUGCUGAACUUGAGGAGAAUGACCCCAUGGUGAUGUGUCCUGACAGUCCCGAGGAGGUGUCACCAGAUGCUCGAAGCUUGCAGAGUUCCUGCUCCAGCAGUGAGGUUCCUCAGGAUGACUUUGUGAUGGUGGACUUUCGACCAGCCUUCUCCAAAGAUGAUCUGCCCAUGGAUGUUGGGACUUUCUACCGGGAGUUUCAGAACCCGCCGCAGCUGAGUAGCCUCUCCAUAGACAUCGCUGUGCAGUCAAUGGCAGAAGAUCUGGAUUCCUUGCCAGAGAAGUUGGCUAUGCAUGAAAAGAACAUGGAAGAGUUUGAUGCUUUUGUUGAAUCUUUACAGUAAGAUGAAGGACCCUGACCUUGGGAGGUGGUUCUGGAUGAUCUUCCAUUGCCUGACCCCUCUGCUAAUCUCAGACACUUCCCUGCUGUGCCCUGUCCUGUAAUUCAUUAGGGAGCACCUUCCAGUCUUCUAUAGGGACAUCCUUGCAGCAUGGCUGCUGACUUUAAGCGGUGAAACGUAGCAAAGCUUUUUACAACCUGCCUUGUAUGCUGAAAACUGAGGUACAAGAGGCAGGUCUAAGAGUUGUACUGCUGGACAUGGAGGCGAGAUGAAAGCCAGAAGACGGAGAGCUGUAUGUGUACCGGCCCUUAGUCAUCAGAAAAGCACUUCUUAUAUCUGCGCAGUCUAUUUGCUGUAAAUAUAACGUCAGACUGCCCCGCACCUUACAUGUACCAUCCGCACUACAACUGCCCCUCCUCCAUCCCUUCUCAUUUGUUCUUUUCUCAGGUAUACCAGAAAAAAAGUUUGUUUCCCCCUCUAAUGCCCACAAGUGUAGCAAAUCCACACAUGUUAACGACAAUGCUUUCUUCUCUGUGUCCCUCUGACAAAGGCAGGCCACAGAUGAUGCAAAUUUCUUUUCUGCAACCACGGGUUGCAAAAUUGCUCGAGCGCCCCAUCAACACAGUGUCAGUGUUGAUGGGGGAAUCCCUCCCACGGAGCCAUUGUGUUUUGCUAACGGUUAUAUCCACUGGCAAUAAUGACCUGUACAAAUACGACAUGCUGGUUGUACCCAAGUCAAUUGAUGAGUCUACUUGGGUACAAUCCCAUAGAUGGUGUGAAUCUCUACCGGUUUCGCAGGAACUGGCUGAGAUUUGAACCGGCUUUAGUUUCACUUUGUAACUUGGGCCUGGUUUUAUGACUACACCUCCCCAACUUCCCCAUUUAGACAGACUCCUUGUGUCAGCAGGGCUUAGCUAUGAUAUCAGGAAAGUCAGGCACCAGUAAAAAUGUAAACCUAGAACACCUUUUUAAAACCUAAAAUGGGUAUCACUCUCUGCACAGCACUGGAGAGUUUACUCCACACUGUGCCUACAUUUUGCCUGCCAUUAAAUACAGGCCAUGGUGUGUAGAGCCUGCAGUGCAAAUCAGAGUCCUCUGCAGUGGUGGCCCAUCCAUUGAGGGUGCCACCCCCCUAUCCAUGCUGCCACGCCCUCCCCAUCCAAUGCGUCCGGCCCCUUGUAGGAUGCCGGGUGCAUGAAUUCCAAUGGCAGGGGUGGGUUUUUUUGUUUGUUUUUUUAAGGACUAAUUAGACCCAGAGACUCUUAAUAGGCUUCAAAAUAGGAUGGGCUUGGGGUGUGCACUCA